GCGUCAACUUCCUUGGACUGUGCGUUCACCCCGCUCAUCGGUCGAACCAGGAUAUCCGUCGGAUUAUCUUCGAUCUCUCUUUCUUCUUCUUCUUCUUCUUCUUGGUGUGCUUCUUGUGGUUCUUCUUCUUCUUCUUCUUGGUGUGCUUCUUGUGGUUCUUCUUCUUCUUCUUCUUGGUGUGCUUCCUCUUCUUGUUGGGCUUCGUCUUCUUGUUUUGCUCCUUCUUCUUCUGCGGUGAGGUCGUCUUCCUCCUGUUCACGUGUGUCGAUUUUGAACAGGAAGAAGGUAGAGGGUACUAGCAACAUAGGUGGGGCGAAGAUAGGUGCUGCAUUUCCGCCAUCGCCGACCCCAUUUCAGGGGUCCACGAUGGCUAUCAAGAAGAAGAAAGCGAAGGCGGCAGCGGCAGUAGUGCUAGGAGAAGCUGCGGCAGGAAGCAGUAGUAGCGCGAUAACCUGUACAACUCGCAUAGACUGGGCUCGACGUUCGUCAUCUUCUUGUUCUGCCUCUCCUCCCGCUCUCUCUUCUUCGCCGCCGUCUGCUUGGUGUCCUCCUCCUCCUCCUCCUCCUCCUCCUCCUCUUUCUCUCCCACCUGCUCAUCUCCCUUCUUCCGCCCACUGCUCGCGUCAGUUUUCUGCUGCAGUAACUGCUUCUCCUCUCUCCUCGGAGGUUGGCCCAACUUCUACCCCCGUCGCCAUCGGACUCCCUCCUCCUCCUCCUCCUCAGCGAUGCCCUCCGAUCUCAACAGCGCCGUCUCACCGAUGCCCUCCUCCUAUCUCCACCGCUACCUCUCCGCGCCAGCAGCAGCUUAAUAAGACCUUAAUUAGUCCGUCAAUCAGUCGGCGACACGAGAGAGUGAUCAUCGCUGGGCGGCGAUGUGAGAACGAUGCCAUGGAUCUCGCCGACAAAAAAUCUGACAGAGUCGUCUCGAAAUUGCCGACCUCUCGGACACCGAGUAGCCUAAGGCGCUCGGAUUGCUCCGCCACGUCAAUCGUUUAUCCGGAGUCGGUGUUGACUGGGGCUGACAAACAUCACUGGGAGAGAUUAACCUCUUCUUCUCCAUGCUAUUCCUCCUCCUCCUCCUCCUCCUCCUCCUCUUACUCCUCCUACUCCGCCUUCUCCCCCUCCUCCUCGUUGUCGUCUCCUCGAUCGAGCUCUCCGCUACCAGCCCGUCCCCCUGUUCGUUCCACGGCGUCAUCAACAUUACCUCCUUCUUGUUCUUCUGCUUCUCCUUCCUCCUCCUCCUCCUCCUCCUCCUCCUCCUCGGCUCCUUCUCCCCUCUUCCUCUCUUCUCCCUUAGUCUCUCCGCCGUCCACGGAAGAGGAGCUAUGGUGUCGAUUUCAGAAGAUGGGAUACUGGCCCGAGGUCUGGAUGGUGGAUCCGUCAACAAAAUAUUCAUCGAAGAUCCGCGAAUCCUCGUCGCCACUCCCAAGGAUGCCGCCGUCACGUGGCCCCUCUUCUUCUUCCCCCUCCUCUUCUCCGCCUUCCUCCCCCUCCUCUUCUCCGCCUUCUUCCCCCCUUCCUUCCGCCCCUUCGUCGCCCGCUUCUAAUGUGUCUCUCUCCCCGCCGUCCUCGCGGCGCCCUUCCUCGUUGUCCGCCUGCACGGGGAAUUCGAAGAGGAGGACGUGCCCAGCGGCGCCGGCUUCCGCGAUGUCUGUCGGGAUCGCGGCCAGACCGAUGGAGGAGAGGACCGAAGAUGAUCGGCAGCAGAUGGGAGACGACGUGACGGCGGAAGAAUUGCUGAGUCAUGUAUUACCGGCUGGUAGUCGGGAUACCUGUUGUGGCGGCGGCGCGGCGGCGGCGGCGGAAGUAGAUGGCGUGCUGGGAUCAAGGUCGCGGCAGAAGUCGUUGCCGCGGUCUUCCAGCAGCAGCAGCAGCAGAGCUGGCCGACGUACGGGGAUCGUGAUGCUGCCCGUAUUGACAGAGGAGCGGCAGCAGGAGAGGAGGGAACAGCGAAGUCCAGGGGAAGUGGGGGCGAUGAGGGAGAGGGAGAGAGAGAGAGGAAGAGGGAGGGAUGCUUGGCGCAUACACGACGUGUGGGAUCAUGCAUCGCCAGGCGGUAGGGGGGCGGGUAACGGUGUGCCAGUGUACAUUAUGUUGCCGUUAGACACCGUUAAUAUGAACAACACGUUGACGAGACCGAGGGCUUUGCGAGCGAGCUUAACGGCGCUCAAGAGUGCGGGAGUGGAGGGGGUGAUGGUGGACGUGUGGUGGGGGAUUGUAGAGGGCCAAGAGCCGCAUAAGUAUCGUUGGACAGCUUAUCAGGAUCUCGUGAAGAUGGUGCACGAUGCCGGGCUGAAAAUGCAAGUAGUGAUGUCGUUUCAUCAAUGUGGAGGAAAUGUCGGAGAUAGUUGUCUUAUCCCUCUUCCGCAAUGGGUCCUACAAGAGAUUGAGAAGAACCCGGACAUCGUUUAUACCGAUAAAGCGGGAAAGAGAAACUUGGAGUACCUGUCGCUCGGCUGCGACUCGUUACCUGUUCUGCGAGGGCGAUCUCCAGUGCAGGCAUAUGCCGACUUCAUGCGGAGCUUCAGAAAUGUGUUCGCCAGCUAUCUUGGAAAUGUGAUCUCGGAAAUCCAAGUAGGGCUGGGUCCCGCCGGCGAGCUACGGUAUCCCUCUUACCCGGAAAGCUAUUCUAGGUGGAGGUUUCCCGGGAUCGGAGAAUUCCAAUGCUAUGACAAGCAUAUGCUGGCAAAUUUGAAGGCAGCUGCAGAAGCGAUAGGGAAGCCACGUUGGGGUCUUGGGGGUCCCCAUGAUGCGGGGAGCUACAACCAGUGGCCAGAGGAGACGGGUUUUUUUCAAAGAGAUGGGUCCUGGAAAUCACAGUACGGCCACUUUUUCUUGCAAUGGUAUUCAGAGAUGCUGCUUCGACACGGCGAUCUUAUCCUUUCCUCGGCGGCUGGGAUCUUCCGCGGCACUGGCGCUAUGAUAUCUGCAAAAAUUGCGGGAAUACACUGGCAUUAUUACAGUCGAUCGCAUGCGGCGGAGCUGACUGCAGGGUACUACAACACUUGGAAUCGAGACGGUUACCUUCCCAUUGCAAGGAUGUUGGCCCGGCACGGCGCCAUUCUCAACUUCACGUGCUUCGAAAUGCGCGAUUCUGAGCAAAUGCCGCAGGCUGCCUGCAGCCCUGAGAGUCUACUUCGCCAAGUCGUCCGUGCAUCGAAGAUUGCCGGCGUUCGUGUCUCGGGUGAGAAUGCGUUGCAGCGGUUCGACUUGGACGCUUACGAACAGAUUGUGCGGAAGUCGCGCCUUCGGCUCGAUGGACUUGCGACGGACGAGCCGAUGAUGUCUUUUACGUUUCUAAGGACAAGCGAAAUGCUUUUUCGACCAAACAACUGGAGCAAUUUCGUUGCUUUCGUGAGGAAUAUGAGCAAGGGUACCGAAGAAGUUAUGCCUCAUUGGGUAAAGGAGAAGGAAAAUCAUCACGCCGUGUCGCCGCCUAUCUGGGCAAAUGUACAUAAUUCCAGUAAGCAUCUUGGUCAAUCUAUUGCUGUUUAACAGUUUAAGUUUUUUUUUCCUUGUCUUUUUUUUUUUUUCUUUCCGUUGAUCGCUGUCUUUCUGAAUGGGUGAAUUGUGCUAUUUAUUUAUGAAGAAAUCUGAUCAUUAAAUUUAUUUUCCGUGGCACGCAGCAUCUGGCCAGGCCUGUACACCCACCUUCUCUCUAUUUAGCGCAUAUGCGAUGAGCUCUGAGCUUGGUUUUAUUUGCACGCGCCCCAAGGGACCAUUGUGCUCUUGUAUAUAUGUCUUUUUUUCCCCCUUCUUCCUCGAUUCGUCGCGUAGAGAAAGAAAGUGGGAGGAUGGCAAUUGUGUUUGCUACUGGCCCUUUUCUUUUGAUGAUUAUGAAAGAAUUGAUAGUCGUUGGUUAUUUCUGUUUUAGACUUCCUAGUUGCUUUUCAAAUCGACAUGCCGCUUCUGAACGACUGCAGGCGUAUCUGUCCAAAGUAGGGUGAACAGCACGCGGAAGGCUAUUUAUAUCCUCUGGCAGUUGCAUCUGUAGUCGGAUCGGUGGAAGGCGGCAUCCCAUGCCUCCCUCUCUACGAUUCCGUAUUCCUUAGCGCAUAAUCACACUAGGACUUGUCGACUUAUCUAUGGACGUGAUCUUGGUCAGAUGCAUCCGCGUUGGCCAUAAAGCAGGUCGGAUGCGCUUAGGAUAUAUUAUAGAGCCUAGUGUGAGUCCGGACUUAUUGUGGCAGCAAAUGGUAUUCUUGUCGACUUAUCUAUGGACGUGAUCUUGGUCAGAUGCAUCCGCGCUCGGCCAUAAAGCAGGUCGGAUGCGCUUAGGAUAUAUUAUAGAGCCUAGUGUGAGUCCGGACUUAUUGUGGCAGCAAAUGGUAUUGCAGUUGUGUCAGCUUGCUGCAAGCACAACAUUGCAAAGCAGCUGGGUGAUGUUGCCUACUGGGGUUUGGUAUAGUCAUGGUUUGAGCACUUGUUGGUAAAAGGGGUGCAGUUCUAUAACGAGGGGAUGAUAUGUCAGCAGGGUGACCAAUUCCGGACAGAGGGACAGAGCCGGGGCGGGAGCUUAUCUCUUGUGAUGGGUGCACAGGCAGGACCCCACCGCUACAGUUAGACCACCAGUUUCCUUUGCCCGCUAUCUUGUUGCGAUGCGGUCUUGAACCCGCCGCGUUGACAGGGUCUCUCAGCCUAUCGGACAAAAAUGGCUGGCGGCACCAGCCGAAUAGUAUGUAGUAAUAUACUUUCUGCAUGUUUCAGUUUGUCUAUUUUUGGCGCGUAGCGGAAAUCCGGGAUGGAAACAGGGGCUGGGUGGAAGUGGUGGGUUGCAGUAGUAUUUGGGUACAUGGCAGGCUUUGCAAUAUCCUUUUUCUGUGACGGUUGAGGGUCAGUUCGUCUAUUUUGUGGGCAUGCACCACAAGUCUGGGUCAGGAGGAGGGGCUCUGAUGAACUGGCGUUUUAAGUGUGUGUGCAUGGGAGGCCUUCCGAUAUCCAUUCCGAUAUCCAUUUGCUGUGACCGAUGAGGUCGUGUUGUGCACGGUCUGUGAACUGCGAGAAGACCAUGAUGCCUUGUAGUGCUGGAUAGAAAUUGAGUCAGGUAGUAGCAAGAUGGAUGGGGAGGAGGAGUGCGAGAUGGGAGGGGCAACUUUUUGAGCAUUCCCUUUUGGGUGAAUGAACUGCGCAUUGCUCUCUUCCUGGUUCUGAACGUGCGUCCAAUUCGAUUCCAAGUCCAGGAAGGCGUCCUUGCUGCGUCGUACGCGCUUGCUGUGGGCGAGGAGGAGAGUGGCGUUGCAAAUUUGGAAUCUGUGAUGGAUUCGGAUACCACGAGUUUGCUCACCCUCCGCGCCGCGCCUUUUCCACCACGUGGGUGAUAGGAUCAACAAGAUGCUGCUGGCUGUCUAAAUGGAUGAUGUGGACCCUCGGCACCUCUGCUUGGAAAUUUGCUCAUUCUGGCAGCUUUGUCGUCUCUUAGGACUGGUGGUCCUCAGUUAGAGCUACAGGAAGAUGAGGUGUGUUUGUCGUUUUGUGUCCUUGAAACCUCGAAAAGAGUACUUUGGAUGUGAUGGUGCUUAGGGAGGACGCCACUUGCUAGCUGCGUAAAAAAACGACCUUUGUCGGCGAGAAUAGGCGGUGCUCUGUCAGUGUUGCUGGAAGACGAGGUGUGUUUGUUUGUCGUUUUGCGUCCUCAACGCCUUGAAAAGAGGCGGGGCACUCCUUAGGGGACGAGGUGACGGGGCUGCGGAGCAAACGACCUUUAUCGGCCAGAGUAGGUGGUGCUCUGUCAGUGCUGCAGGAAGACAAGGUAUGUUUGUCGUUUUUUGCGUCCUCGUCACCUUGGGGUGUGAUGGUGCUAUAGGACGGGCUUCGACGCCUUGCAAAGAGGAACCCCUUGGGAUGUGAUGGUGCGUAAGGAGGAGGUAAUGUGCCUGGUGUGAAGAGAAGAGCGAUGUGGGCUUAUUAGCUCAACUGCACGCAUGGGAGUCGUAGAUGGGGAAGUGGCAAAUGGAAUCGCGCGGCGCCGAGCGUUUGAGGGGGGACUAGGGUAGGCAACGAGUGUAAUGAAUGAACACACCUUUCAUUCUCAAAUGUCGAGGAGGAUUUCCAGCUCCAGCCUUGGCGCCAUGAUCUUCCCGGCCGGGAGAUUUUUUCGUGUAUUUGUUUUCCAGUGUUAGGAAAUAGCUAUGUACAAACAGGGGCCUGUCGAAGCGCUUUUCAAAGAGACUCUUGUGGUGAUGUGGCAAUGAAGGUUGUCUGUCUGUCAUAUUGUACAUGCGCUUUUUUCUCUACUCCCCCCUCCCCUCUCCCCCUCCCCCUUUCUGCUGUCAAGAAGGGACUCUCUGUAUGUGCUUUGACCAAGUGUUGUAUAUCACGUUUCAAGAUCUCGGCUGGCAUGCGUCAAUUUCCGUUAGCGAAGGGACUCUCUGUGUGUGCAGUUGGAGAUUUGUUAGAUAAUCCGUUUGCGACCUCAUAUUGUGACACUAGGGGGGUUUGUAAUCACCACCAUUGGAGAGUUCUCUGCUCUUGCUCAGAGAUGCUGAAGAGCACGAGACUCUUCUCCUCCUCCUCCUCCUCCUCCUCCUCGGUUGGUCUGUUAGAGAGGAUUACCUGAUGGAGAGACGGUUAUCGGAUGAAUGAUCGUUUGUUUGUUUGUUUGGUUUUUUUUUUUUUUUUUUUUUUUUUUGUUACAGGUUCUUAUGGAGAGAGGAUUAUCUUUUUUGAGUGCACAACAAUUUUAGAAAGUCCAUCUGGGAGAUCAAAUUCCGAGAGGGGAAGGUUUGAGCGUGACCACAUUUGCCGCUAAGAUGCUGAAGAUCGAGAGGGCGAUCGCCCCCUGCUCGGUGUUUAGGGGGAGUGCUUGUUCGUGUUGACUUCCUUCUGCGGAGUCGGUGUUUUUAAAAUUUUAUGUUGUUGUUGUUGUUGUUGUUUUUUGCCAAAUUUUUGGUGGUUUGUGGGUUGUUUUUCUUUCGAAGGUGGUGGUGAAAUAGACCUUGGUUUUCAGAUAGAGAAUCAGUGAAGUGCUGGCUGAAUUGUUUGGAGCGAAAUAUUCGUACGAAAGUUCUGGAGAGCAAAGUAGUGUGUUAUUUUCUGUUGUGUUGUUGAAGUGAGUGUGGAAACAGUCGAUACCUAUCUUCAGCCCUUUGUCAGUAUUUAGUCAAUGAUUUGAGAAUCAAUUUCCCGGCGUCAGACCACUUGGCUUUGCACUUGAUUGGGUCAUUCAAGCCAUCACUGGCCAGCAAAAUGGUAGAGAGAGAGAGAGAGAGAGAGGAGAAGAGUGGUGGCGUGGGGAAUGAAGGAUCCAGGGUGCGAGGAAAGGCGUUUUCCUGACGUCAGCGUGAUGGUGUGGGGGGGCCCUGCGUCGGUUUGUUUUUUAACCAGAGGCAGCGUACGGAACCUGGCAUGCGCUUGAGCGAUGAAGUUUGAAAUUCAGAUGACGGCUUUGAAAAUGUGACGAUGAUGAUGAUGAGGAUGGCUCUGCCAGUUUCUCCUUCUCCUUCUUUUAACGAUCGCGACGCUCCAGGGUGUUGGUUAUCCGCCGUGGGUGUCCACUGUUCACUGUUCAUUGUCUUCUUCAAAAUAAGAAGCGCCUUUUGGUUAGGCGGUCUUAGGUCUA